CUUCUAUUAUUAAGCUCUACCAGUUUUUCCUUUUCUCUAAUCACCAGCGAAUGCAUUAACCGAUAUUUCAAUGGCCGGUUCUGAAUUUCCUCACGCAUAUGCAGAAACGCCAAGCAUCAAUAAUUCCGAUACGCUAUUUCAAAGACGUCGUCGUUGUUUCUGCUUCCCAUCUUUCCGUUCUCCAAAUCAAUUAACAAAAUAUGUUAAGUUGGACUGGUGGCAUAGGUUACGUAGCGGUGCGGUUACGGAGGGAUCUGUAUGGGCGAAAGGAAUCAACGCUUUGAAGAAGCUUCGAGAAUGGUCGGAGAUCGUUGCCGGACCGAGAUGGAAGACUUUCAUCCGGCGGUUCCAUCGGAACAAAAGCGGUAAUAGGAAUGCGAAAUUCCAAUAUGAUCCUUUGAGUUACUCACUGAACUUCGAUGAAGGACGGGGGAAUAACGGAGAGGAGGAGGAGGAAUUGGUACUUCGGAAUUUCUCGACGAGAUACGCAUCGAUUCCGGCGUCUAGUAACUUCGGCAAAGAUGGGCCCAGUUUCGUUUGAGUGCCAGAGUCCCAAACAGAACUACUAUUUGAUAGUGAUUGGAUAUCUAGCCUUUCCGAGAUAAAGAUGAAAUAUUUCAUGAUUAAAUUUGAUUGAUAAAUUUAUAUUGUCAAUCGAUAAAUUAGUCUCAGCAUAUAAUUUCGAGACAAUUUAAUCCGCGAGGGACCCCUUACAGUUCAGUAGUGGGGCUAAGAAAGCACAGCUCAUCAUAAAAGAUAAGUAGGUGCGUGCAAGUUUUCUACUUUUUGUUGGUACAAAAAAAAUUAUUGUGGUUGGUGUUUGUUGUCUAAUGUCUUUUUCCUUGUUUAAUUUAAUUUUCUUCUGUUGUCUGUAUUUUGUUUUUGUCUUUAUAAGCACUGUACAUAGAAUAUCCAUUUUUUGUGUGAUGAUUGCUGAGUUGAUACUAGGUGUUAUUUGAAUUAAAAAAACCCAAUAUUGAGUAUAAAUUGUGUGUUGAAAUUAAUUCUGAUCAAUUUUAGCUACACAGAGGUAGUAUAAA